AUGUACAAAUUUGCGGUGAUUCUCGUGCUGCUGGCUGGAACGGCGUGUGCGUUUCCACCCAACAAUAUCUGGGAGGAAUCGGUAGCCGAGGAUGCCGUCGAUGAAAAGGCUCCGGAAGUCUCGCCGCAAGGAUCGGAGGUCGAAAGUCAAAAGGAAGGUGCCACCCGGAAGUCUGACGACGAACUGACCCCGAUUAUCGCGCUUUUACGAACCAAAACGCAGUCGCCAACAUCAUCCGAUCGAAGCACCGAGGAGAGCGAAGAGCCAAAAAAGUUGUGUGAGGAGGAUGCGGCGGGCUGUGAUUUGCUCGGUGAACUUGCAUCGCGUCGAAAGAGAACCAUCGAAACGCUUCCGUUGGAUCAGCCUCUGAAUAUUCCGAUCGAAAGCUUGGGAAUAAUAGAUUUCUCCAACAUUGAGAUACCAAAUUUUUCGAUCGAUAACGCGGAAGCAUCAAAUCAUGUACAGAUUAACUUACAAGAUUUUUCGCAAUUGGAUAUGAACAAACUUCUGGAGAAUGGGAUAAUAGUUAACGACGGCUCACAUAUUGGAGAAAUUAAAAUAACGAAUGAUUCACCGGUUGAGAUAAGAAGUGAUGACUGGAUAGCAAUAUCGCUUGGAGAAGUGAAGGUUCCCAUUGACAUGCCAGGGGAUAAUUCCGGCAGUGAGACGAGCGCCAAUGAAGUGAAAAAACUUCAAGAAGAGAAUGAAGUGAUGAAGAAGAAAUUGGAGAAGGCGGAAGAAGACCUGGCACAGCAAACAAAGAAGUACAACGAGGAGAAAAAUCGAGUAGAGGAGAACUGGAAGAAGGUAUUAGAGGAGACCAGAGAGAAAGAAGAUCAAGAACGUAAGACGCUGCAGGAGAAACAUGACGCUGAAAUAGAAUCAUUGAAGGCAAGCUUGACGACGGCAAACCAAUUCUCAGUGAACUUAGCGGCAAAACUGAAUCAGCAAACCACUAAUUGCGAUAAGAACCUGAAGGCAGAGAAGGAACGCUGCAAGAACCAACACACUGGACGAACGACGCAGGCGGAGAAAAGACUCGCACAACUAGAAAACAGUUACAAUGACAUUAUAAAGCAGAAGGAGAUAGAUAUACAAAACCUUUUAAAUAGUUGUAAACAAAGAAAUAGGAGCUAA